AUGUAUGCGCAUGCCCGUAAACUGGACUACUUCUCUACAGAGUGCAAGUAUGCACCAAUGGCUUACAGGUACUUUUGGAUCAUCGCCUUCAUCCUCAUAUUUAGGGGUCACGUGCGAGCCUACGUCAAGGACUUGGAAAAACUCCGUCCAAGGGCUAUCCUCGGUAAACUGACCACAGCGGGACCGCUUAACCUGCUCUCCUCCUCCUCCUCCUCCUCAUCCUCCUCCUCCUCCUCAUAAGAUUAUAAGUCAGAAGCCUCACCCGCCUUCCCUUUCUUGCCUUUCAGACAUAAUCAGCUCCGGCGAGCGAAUGGCUAUCCGCCAAGGAGUCAAAAUGCCAACUCAAGGUUAGCUUCUGGUCUACCUGAUCAUCUACCCAACCUAACUUGAUUUUACCCCUGACUCGUCCUACGGUUCCGCACUUUUAGAGGAUAAACUUAUUUCCCUGUUGCCAUUUAAUGCUAAGUUGCUUAGCUGUUAUAUACCGCACGAACAGUUAAUUGGAUUACACGUCAUCUAUUAUUGUUACCUAUAUUUACGCUUACCCGCUCAUUCGCCGUAUGCGAAGCAAGCUGUCACUGUUUAUUCUUGGCCUCACUAGGGAUGCCAGCACGAUGGUCUAUAAUUCCUGCGCAACAAGAAGAUAUAGAUGGAAUGAGCGAGUUCAUUAAGUAGGUGUUGUCCCAAACAGCACGAUAUGUUGUUUAUUUUUGAAGUGUGCGCUGCCAAACUGUUUAACAUUUUUAAAUGGUCUGCCAAGUUGUUCGGCCUUGGACCGGUCGGCUUCUUCUUUUCGACGCGUAGACCGUCUGCAGCUGUCCUAGCUGAUGCAGUAUUCUUAGUAGUGACUUCUGUCAUUUCGUCGUCAGAGGCUAAUUGAACCCCUGUACCAACUGCUCGGCUUGAUAGCUUUUCUCCUUCCCUAUCGGACGAGCUGCUUACCAGCUUGACUCUGGACAGUUUACCUACCUUAGCCAAGACUACAGUACCUAUCCUCUCCUGGUCUCCGUGCAUAUAAUGGCGUACGAUUCAGUAAGCCGAAGGGGGGGGGGGUGGUCGGUCUGAACUGUCGUUUAAAAGCAUCUAGAGAGUUUCCUAAUAUUUUGACGGUUAUCUUAAAAUGACCACUCUUCGGGACUCCAGUAUCUAGCCAGAGCGCAUUGGGAGUUGGCGACUAUUCUCUGUGUUGUCGGAUAAUGCCUGUGCAGACGGGUCUGUAAUUUCUGUUCAUUUUAGCCGACGUACUUGGUAACUUUGCCCCUGAGGUCUCCCCUUACCUCUCAGGUUAUCCUCAUGAGAUUCUUCCAAUACUUUUUUUAGUGAACUAAACUAUAAUUUGGUACUACCUGUAUCUAGUGUUCGUAAUCAAAAUCUGCUGUCUUCUUUCUGAUGCUUUGGGAUUCAUUCUCGGAAAUAGUACUCUUGGGAAACCGGACAGUUUCUAGCUUUCUCUUCGACGCGGGCCUCUUCGCCGCACUAGUGAUAACGUAUUGAGGAGCAAACAAUGGGGCAGCUUGCGUUUGCCAGAAGUAUUUCCUUCGUUCGUCAUGCCUAACUGAAGCUACUCUUUUCUGACAGGUAAUUGUAUAGCAUGUGGCUAUAUUUCCAGCCAGAAGUAUUGUCAAGCAUGUGUCCUUCUGAAAAGCCUCAACGACGGUUUGCCAGCCACUUCAGUCGGUGUAGAAGGUCAGCGGAUAAGGGUGGCAGCUUCCGAAAACCCGGCAUCGGAUUCCGAGCGGACAGGCCGUGAUGAUAGUUCCCUCUGCAAUCCAGACUGCGAAUGUCUUCUGAACCGUUGA